ACUUCAAUUUAAUUUUCUCGUUUCGGAAGCUCAUCAAACUUAAAAAGACUACAAACAGUCACAGACACACACAGAAGAGAGAGAGAGAGAGAGGAGAGAGAGAGAGAAUUCCGCGAUAACUCAAAACCAUCGGCUUUCUCAAAACCCUAGGUCACCUCCUCCGUCGCCGGAGCUUCUUCCCGCUGCAAAUCCCGUCGGAUUUCCCGGCCAUUGUAGCAUUCCCGGCUGAAAUUUGAAAACUCCAGCCUCGGCAUUUGGCGGUUCUCAGAUCGAACCAGCUCGGAGCUUCUUCUUUGACUUGUCGUUGACUGUUGGAGCUCUGUAGCUCGACUGUUUCUCACUGGGGAGCGAUUAAUUUCUAGGGUUUUUGUAAAUCUCUGAUAUAACGCGCCCCUUUUGGUUUCUCGGGCUUCUCGUUUGCGACGGCGCCGUUUCCUGGAUCAUUCGACUCUCUACCUCUCCCCAUUUUGUUGUUUCCGCACCUCCAAAUCUUGGCUUCUUUGAGCUCUCUGGUUUUUAUGGCCUAGUAGUGGGGCCCUUGAGCACCGAACAAUGCGACCGUUUUCAAGCAUGAAACCGCUGCUCCUCCUCUUCGCCGUCGUCGUUUUGGCUCCGGUUCUCGCGAGAUCUCUGAACCCGUCUCUAAACGACGACGUGUUGGGUCUGAUAGUCUUUAAGGCCGAUAUCCAAGAUCCGAAGGGGAAGCUAGCGUCGUGGAGCGAAGUCGACAACAGUCCUUGCAAUUGGGUCGGGGUGAAAUGCAACCCGAGAUCCAACCGGGUCAUCGAGCUCAGCCUCGACGACUUCUCGCUUUCGGGUCACAUCGGCCGAGGCCUUCUGCAAUUGCAAGCUCUCCGGAAGCUCUCGCUUUCGAAGAACAAUCUCACCGGAAGCUUAACCCCUAACUUUACUCACAUUGACAACCUCCGAGUCCUUGAUUUGAGCGAGAACAGCUUCUCCGGUGGCGUUCCUGAAGAGUUAUUCCGGCAAUGUGGGUCGCUGAGAGUGAUUUCUCUGGCGAAAAACAAGUUUUCCGGGAAAAUUCCGGAGAGUUUGGGCUCGUGUGCGAGUCUAGCGGCUGUUAACUUUUCGUUGAACCAGUUUUCGGGUUCGAUUCCAGCUGGGGUUUGGUCCUUGAGUGGGCUUAGAUCCCUGGAUUUGUCUGAUAACUUGUUGAAGGGUGAAAUUCCAAAGGGGAUUGAAUUGAAUAAUUUGCGAGGAGUUAAUUUGGCCAGGAAUCGGUUUACCGGGCAAGUUCCGGAUGGAAUUGGAAGCUGUUCGCUCUUGAGGUCCAUUGAUCUGAGUGAGAAUUCGUUCUCGGGUAACCUUCCUCAGACAAUGCAGAAACUUGGCCUGUGCAGCUAUCUGAAUCUGCACCAGAACACAUUUUCUGGUGAGGUUCCGGAGUGGAUUGGAGAGAUGAAAAGCCUGGAGACUUUGGACCUUUCUAGCAACCGGUUUACGGGUGAAGUUCCAAGCUCAAUAGGCAAUCUUGAGGCUUUGAAGGUAUUGAAAUUUUCUGCAAAUGGGUUCACUGGGAGCUUGCCAAAGUCUAUGGCUUAUUGCACAAACCUUCUGGCUCUAGAUUUUAGUAAGAAUUCGAUGGCGGGUGAACUUCCGGUGUGGAUAUUCGAUGCGGGUGAAGAGGAAGUUUCACUUUCAGAUAAAAAACUAAGCGGAAGCAAGAACAUCAAUCAAUCUUUAUCAGCUGAAAAUGCACUUCAGAAUCUCCAAGUCUUGGAUUUAUCCCUUAAUCAUUUUUCGGGUGAAAUUGCGUCCGACAUUGGGGCCUUAAGCAGCUUGCAUACGUUGAACCUUUCUGGUAACUCUCUUGCUGGUCCUAUUCCUGUGGCUAUUGGAGAGUUGAAGGUCCUGAACAAUCUCGACUUGAGCGAGAAUCGGCUCAAUGGAAGCAUCCCUCAGGAAAUUGGAGGGGCUUUUUCUUUGAAGGAAUUGAGAUUGGAGAAGAACUUUCUCACGGGAAAAAUUCCAACUUCAAUUGAGCACUGUUCUUCUCUGACCACAUUAACUGUAUCACAGAACAGACUGACUGGUCCAUUACCUGCAGCAAUGUCCAAACUUACCAACUUACAAAUUGUGGACUUGUCUUUCAAUAACCUCACGGGAGGCCUGCCGAAGCAGUUAGCCAAUCUUCCCAACCUACUUUCCUUCAACAUUUCCCACAACAACCUCCAGGGUGAACUACCUACGGGUGCCUUUUUCAAUACCAUUUCCCCUUCCUCCGUCUCUGGAAAUCCAUCUCUCUGUGGCUCUGCAGUUAACAAGUCUUGCCCGGGAGUCCUUCCCAAGCCCAUUGUCCUCAAUCCCAAUUCCUCUUCCGACUCCACCACAGGAGAAAUCUCAUCAAAUCUUGGUCAUAGAAGAAUCUUACUCAGUAUUUCUUCGCUUAUUGCCAUUGCAGCAGCCGCUGUCAUUGUCAUUGGUGUAAUUGCCAUUACUGUGCUUAAUCUCCGUGUCCGAUCUCCCACAACUCAAUCGGCGCCAGCCCUUGCAUUUUCAGGUGGGGAUGACUUCAGCCGUUCCCCAACAACAGAUGGCAACUCUGGCAAGCUAGUCAUGUUUUCAGGUGAGCCUGAUUUCAGUACUGGUGCACAUGCACUGCUCAACAAGGACUGUGAGCUUGGUCGUGGCGGGUUUGGAGCAGUCUACCGGACACAUCUUCAAGAUGGACGGCCAGUUGCAAUCAAGAAGCUCACUGUUUCUAGUCUUGUCAAGUCUCAAGAAGAAUUCGAAAGGGAAGUGAAUAAAUUGGGGAAAGUGAGGCACGAUAAUCUUGUGGAGAUCGAAGGCUAUUACUGGACUCCAUCAUUACAGCUCAUCAUACAUGAUUAUGUUGCCGGUGGUAGUUUAUAUAAGCAUCUUCAUGAUGGAGCAGGUGGAAACUUUCUGUCAUGGAAUGAUCGGUUCAAUAUAAUUCUUGGAACUGCGAAAGGUUUGGCUCACUUGCACCAGAUGAACAUAAUUCACUACAAUAUAAAGUCCAGUAAUGUCCUGAUUGGCUGCUCAGGCGAACCGAAAGUGGGAGACUUUGGCCUAGCGAGGUUGUUGCCAAUGCUUGACCGAUAUGUUUUGAGCAGCAAGAUCCAGAGUGCACUCGGCUACAUGGCACCAGAGUUUGCUUGCAAAACAGUAAAGAUAACCGAGAAAUGUGAUGUGUACGGGUUUGGGGUUUUGGUUCUAGAGAUUGUCACGGGGAAAAGACCAGUCGAGUACAUGGAAGAUGAUGUUGUGGUGCUCUGUGACAUGGUGAGAGGAGCACUGGAAGAAGGCAGGGUAGAAGAAUGCGUUGAUGCUCGGCUCCAAGGAAUUUUCCCAGCAGAAGAGGCUAUACCUAUGAUGAAACUAGGCUUGAUAUGCACGUCACAAGUGCCGUCAAACAGACCAGACAUGGGUGAGGUUGUCAACAUUUUGGAGCUGAUCCGAUGUCCUUCAGAAGGCCAAGAGGACUUUUGAUGAUCAUGAAUUAAACUAAUCUUAACAGAUAUUCAGCGAAGGGAUUCGCAACAAGUUAUCCGGCAAAGAAGAAUCCAGUUAGUUCGUUCGUCGAGGGAGAAGAGAGUUUCAAUUGUUGGAAGGUUUUUCUUUUUCUGCAUUGUUGUAUUUGUUACCCUUCUUUUGUGGAUUUCUUGUGUUAUAUUUCUGUAGUUUCUCCUCCAUGCUACAAGUAGCUAGGUCACCAGAUUCUCCUUUGCCGGGUUCCGAUUUGAGUCCCGUACAGAAAUUGUCACGACUAAUCUUCUGAACUCUUUCAAUUUCUGUCUUUGAUCAUGUUUCUUCCCAAGAGCUGAUUCUAUUUGUCAACUUCUAAACGCUUGGAAAGUUUUGCAACAUUUCACUGAUCCUA